AUGGUCUGCGAGAAGUGUGAGAAGAAGCUGUCGAAGGUGAUUGUACCCGACAAAUGGAAAGAAGGUGCCAGCAACACCACCGAAGGCGGUGGCCGCAAGAUCAACGAGAACAAGCUCCUCUCCAAGAAACAGAGAUGGACGCCUUACGGAACAACCAAGUGCAUUAUCUGCAAGCAGCAAGUACAUCAAGAUGGCAAGUAUUGCCACACCUGUGCUUACAGUAAAGGAGUAUGUGCAAUGUGCGGAAAACAAGUACUUGACACCAAGUUCUACAAACAAAGCAAUGUAUGA